AUGACUACCUGGGGUGGCAUGAAAAUAAGCUCCAAACAAGGGCAACCAAAUAACAAGCAAGCGCCGAUGCGUUUCUCCGACACCCUAACGGCCGCUCUUGGAAAUCGAAAGAACAAGUACAAGGACGUAUCGAAGGAUCUCAACAGUCUGAUCAACCGUGAAGAGCUGGACGAUGAAAUUUUUGUGCCGAACUAUAACAUCCGCAAGAUUAAGGCUAUGAUUGCCCGUGUAGUGAAGCAACAGUUCGUCAUUCGCAAUGAGGACGGUGAUCUGCUGACGUGGGUGUACGAUCCAGCGAAGAAUCUUGAAAUGAGCCAAACGAUAGCGAAAGCGGUGAAGGAUCGACUACGCAACCUGAAUCUGCCCCGCUACCGGAUCGUGUGCUUCUGCUCGAUUGUGGAAAAACAGCUACAGGGAGUGCACUACAAGAUGAAGUACAUACUCGACCCGUACAUGGACAACUACGUGCAGUACGUGCAUGAUGGUGCCAUCUUUUGGAUCAUUACGACUGCCUUUCUAAUCCACAAAGACUAG